CAAGUUCCCUUUCAAGCCGCAGGGAGCGUUGCAGUCAAUUAGUGUACGUUAGGUGAAAGUGGGUUAGUAGGGCCUCACUCUCGGAGAAAGGUUGCACUUUAGAGAUGCCACAGUUUGCCGUGGGUCACCAGGCCGAAGAGAUAGGCGGCGCAUUAUCGAUAAUAGAUCUGUGGACAUGGAUACUAUUCAGGUAGCACUUGUUCUCCUUUUAACGAAUUCAUAUUUUCUCAUGUGCUAUCCUUCACCAUGGAGAACAUACAAACCAGUGUUUCUCCCUGGACCUCAAUUUUGUCCGGAUACUGGCAGGACUGUCUGCACAAGUGUGGAAUACUAUCCAGCCGAUCAAAUUUACCAUCUUCUAACGAUUUCCCGUUCUCAAGGAUUUAAUCUUACAUCUCUUUUUGUGGAUGAGAGGAAAGGUGACAUCGAACCAAAUCUAACCCAACUACCAACUCCGCAGCCAUAUUAUCAAAACGGAUACGGAAAUGACCAACAGCCUCCCCCAGGAGGACGUUUCUCCCCAGCUGGAUACAACAACUGGAAUACGCCAACGAGUAAUAAACCACCCGAUUAUCCUGGAUUACAACCAGAUCGUUGGCGACAAGUUGAUCAACCACCAGGAAAUGGCGGCACCCUAUCGCCAGGAACAGUAUCCAGAAACUCUUAUGUUAACACAUCAGCUCGCCAAUCCAGAACUCAAGAUCUGUCAUCAAACCAAAGAACGUUAAACUCAGGCAGAAACCCAUCAGUGCCUCAAUUAGAGAAAUUUAAUUACAAUGAACGAAGGACUGUAAAUAACCAGAGGAAUGAAGGGAAUUUUAUGAAUAACGGAUAUAAUGGAGUGACUCAGUUCAAUCGAAUGGAUCCGAAUUCGAGAAACGUUCCAUUCGAAAACCCUCAACAAUUUGAUAAUAGAAAUUUUACUAGAUAUUUCACCCCGAAUAGUCAAAAUCCCCAAGAGCCAUUUCAAAUACAACCGCCAGUUGUCCAGCAGCGCAUCAAAGGUCGAAAUUCGCAAAGUGGUCAGACAACAAAACCUUCGAUGACUGGUAAUUGGAAAGGAGCUCCAAGCUUUAGUGAUUAUAGCAACUUUGCCGUUGGCGAACAGUCACGUUUCAUUGGUAGAAGAGAUAGGCGGAAUGAAGAUGUGGAAGUGGCAUGUGAAGUACGAUCUACGUAUGUUCCGCCCAGAGCUGCCCUUAGCGACAAUUCUGAAUGGAAGUAUGUCGUGAAUGUCCCUGAAAGGGAUAGCAGAUUCACUCAAGUAGUCAGAGUGGACAUUUGCUUAAAUGCCGGACAACCUUGUUCGUCACGACUGUCCUUGCCUUUUGGGUUCGAGAGUAGGUGUCGACAGAAAUAUAUUAAAAAGAAACUAUUGUCUUUGAAUUCCGAUGGACAAGGAACGUCCGAAGACAAUUUCUUUAUACCAUCUUGCUGUGUGUGUGAGAUUACGAGAAACACCGAGAAAAAAUGAUUUCUACAGCCUUGUGAUUAUUUUUUACAGGUGGUAUUCUUCAGCUAGUGCCAACAAUAGUGCGAGGAAUGGCAGCAAUAAGUUUGCUACGGGAGUCAUUUUCCAAGUGAUACUCAGCAAGAGUUUAAUGAGUCAUGAGUUGGAUAAAGUACUGUAUAAACUAUUAAGAGAUCGAACACAAUAAUUCUGCAUAAUUUUGUACUCGUUGCGUUCAUAAGUGAACUUCCUCAAUCCAAAUUAGUGAAUGAAACCUACGUCUGCAACAAA